AUGAAGGGCGGGGGUACUGCGAGGCAAAGCUGCGACAUCUGGCGAGUGCUGCCGCCUCUCCUGGGGACAGGAUUGGCGGAGCUGCCAUCUGCUGGCAACGGCACCGGCGCAACAGAGAUGGGCGUGCUCAUCUGGGAGGCCAUGAGCGACUCGCGGGUCUGGUACGGGUACAGUUCGAGCAUUCGAAAGAAGUCCGCGCUCUGGAUGAAGAAGUCGCCGGUCCGCGGCGGCGGACACGGCGACUCCGGAGACGCCGACGUCGGGCCGGGCUUCAUUGUCGCGGGUUUCGUCUUCAACUUCAACAAAGCGGCCCGGGUUUGUCGUUUCAGCAUCAACAGCGGCGACUCGUCUUGA